CUGCUCUGACACUAGGUGUUGCUUCAUUUUGUACAGAGUUGUUCAUCAGGUAACUGAGGAUGACCUCUCAGUUUGGCAAUUGGAAGAACUCAAUCAAUGCCACAGACUCUCAAGUCCAAAACAACUCUCUCCAGAGGCUUCAUACUAGGGAGAAGAGAAUUGUUAGGGUUUUGGAGCUUGCAGGAGCUGUAAUGGAUGAACUAUCUAACUCAACAGGUCCAAGGAUGGAAAUGCUUAACAACCACUGUCGUGAGUUCAUGCAGUUGAUUAAGGACAUCCAAAUGACCCUAAGGAAGGAAAUCAAAACUGCUUGCGAGUACCGCCCAUUUGAGAAGUGUGAUUACAGUUUAAGAAUCUCCAAUGAGAUCUGUUCCAAGAAGCUGGAAUACAUCAUUGAACAGUUGGGCAGCAUGAAACAAUGCAUUGAACAAUAUCACGGUGCAGAUUCAAGCCCUGGUAUGCAAGUUGUAUGACACUAAUAGAAUCAGUCCUCUUUUUCUGUUAGAUUAGGAUAAGUGAAUAUCCAAU